GACACCCUCUCUAAAUUCCCCUUUUCUUCUCUACAGGUGUUGUCUUCAACACACACACAUAGAAACACAUACAAGAACCAUGUUUUUUUUUUUAAAUAAACACACAUAAAUCGGUUUGCUUCUCUCUCAAUGUCUUCCAGCAACACAAAAGAGAUAUCAUCUCUAAACGCACACAAACACAGACAAACCUAAAUCAAAACCUCAGUCCUUCACAUCUCAAACACCUACACACACCAACAAACCCCUGCUCUCUCGUGAUGCCUCUGGCCGACCACAACCGGAGCCGGAACCGGCGGCCAGAGAGCUUCUCCGGUCGAUAUGUUUGCUCGGUGGAACACCCCCCACUCUGAUCUCACCUGCUGCAAACCCACCUCCGAUCACCUCUUUUUACGGCGACAGAAGCAGCAGCGCCGCCGCUCAUGGCGGCGGCAAUGGAUUCCGGCAACCGUUCUUUCUCGGGUAAAUCGCACCGUAGGAGUCGACGAAACCCGACUGUGACCGGAGACGCCAUUUCUUGCAGUAGCGCCUCGCGUACGGCGGCGUGUGUAUCCUUUUCGACAAGUUUACCGAAGAUGAUGGUUAUGAGGAUGAUUGACGGCGACGGUGGUGGCGGUUAUUUGGUUUCAGGCUCGAUUUGGUUCGAGUCACGUUUAAGUUCAAGAUUCGCGUGUCGCGACUCAGCUUGGUUAUGGGUUCAGGUUCACUCCAGUCGACUCGGUCAACACCGGGUCGACUCAUUCAACACCGGGUCAACCCAGUCAACCGGUCAAUGUCAGUCAACAUUGGUCAACGAAGUCAAACCAGUCAACACAUCAGGUUGACUGGUCAAAGAUGGUCAACUGGGAUCUCGGUUCAGUUACGGUUCACAACUAUGGUCAACUGGUCAACACAAGAUGUGGUAAAGUCUUAACGACACGAAUUUUCGUCGUAUCGUUUAUAUAGUUACAUUUUUUUACGCGUACCGAGCUCGAACCGAAUAUAUUUAGUGGUUGUUUUCAUUUUUUUUA